AUGACUUACCUCGUUGGAAAGCCCCUUGACUGGGCAAUUACCGCUACGGCCGGCUCUGGCUUCCUCCUGUUCGGCUAUGACCAGGGCGUCAUGUCGGGGCUAUUGACCGGCGAUGCCUUUACAAACAUGUUCCCCGAGAUCGACACCACCAACGGUGGUGGUGGCAGCUCCUCGCUGCAGGGCACCGUUGUUGCCAUUUACGAGAUCGGUUGCUUUUUCGGUGCCAUUUUCUGUCUGCUGUGGGGCGAGUAUCUCGGCCGCCGAAAGUGCAUCAUGCUUGGUUGUGUGGUGUUGAGCAUCGGUGCUGCCCUCCAAGCCUCUGCGUACGGCAUCCCCCAAAUGAUUGUCGGCCGUAUCGUGGCUGGCCUAGGGAACGGAAUGAACACGAGUACUAUUCCGGUAUGGCACUCCGAACUGAUGAACGCCAAAGACCGCGGCCGUGGCCUUGCUAUCGAAUUGGCCGUGAAUAUCUUCGGCGUCAUGCUUGCUUACUGGUGCGACUACGGAAUGUCAUUCGUACGCAACGAGGCUCAAUUCCGGUUCCCCCUUGCGCUGCAAAUCCUCUUCGCCGUCGUGACCCUCGCGGGCGUCAUUUUCCUCCCCGAGUCCCCUCGAUGGCUCGUCGCCCACGACCGCCACGACGAGGCCCGAGAAAUCCUAUGGGCUGUUAACAAAAAUGCCAAGCAGAUCAACAAGGACGACCCUGCCAUCAGCCGCAACUUGGCUGAGAUUCAGCAUGCCAUCCGAGAGGAGCGCGAGGCCGCUCAGACCAGCAGCUUCAAAGCCAUGUUCAAGAACGGUGACCAGAAGUUCCUUUACCGGACUCUCCUCGGUAUUGGAGGACAAUUUAUGCAACAGCUUUCGGGUAUCAACUUGAUCACUUACUACGCCCCCGUCAUUUUCCAGAAAUCCGUCGGCAUGACGCAACGCAUGUCUCUCCUCCUGGCCGGAUUCAACGGAGUUGCCUACUUCUUCUCGUCUCUGAUUCCCAUCUGGAUCAUCGACCGCCUUGGACGCCGAAAGCUGAUGCUGUUCGCUGCUGCGGGCCAGUGUGCUUGCAUGGCCAUCCUCGCCGGCACCGUCUCAGACGGAGGCACCGCAGCCGGUAUUGUCGCCAUUGUCAUGCUCUUCCUCUUCAACUUCUUCUUUGCUGUUGGUCUUUUGGCUAUUCCCUGGCUUUUGCCGGCCGAGUAUGCCCCUUUGGCCAUCCGCACCCGCGCCGCCGCACUUGCAACCGCUUCCAACUGGAUUUUUACUUUCUUGGUUGUAGAGAUAACUCCUGUCUCUAUUGAUAGCAUUGGCUGGAAGACAUACGUAUAUUUCGGUGUCUUCAACUUCUGCUUCAUCCCCAUGAUCUACUUCCUCUACCCUGAGACUCGCUUCCUGUCCCUGGAGCAAAUUGACAAGCUUUUCACCGGCGACAAGAUUAAGCUCCACUGGGACAACAGCAUGGGAAUUCCUGGAGAGGCUCCCGCUAAGGAGUCAGACGCCGAGACUGCUGGUGCGGAGCAUGAGGAGAAGACGAUGGGCAUGCGCAAGUCGGACUCUUUGUAAAUGCGAUGGAGCUGCACUCAAAAAGACAGCGCUCUUGAGUGCGCUUGUGGAGGGAAGACAUGAUGCUGAAUGGAUACCCGUUAAUUAGCUAUUAGUCUAAACUUGCAGUGGGCGAGUUGGGCAAAACUAG